AUGGGGCUGCGGGGGGACGGGGCUGGGGACGGGGACGGGGACGGGGCCGCCCCGCCCCGGGCCAGCCGGCGGGGAAGGACCGCGCGCCGCGGACCCCUCGCCUGGCGCGGCUCCAGCGGCUCGGCCGCGGCGUCCCCCCGGCCGGCCCUCCCCUCCCCGGCGGGUCCCGGGGCGCGGGCGGCCAUGCGGGCCCGGAGCGCAGGGCGGGCGGCGCGGGGCGCAGCUGCCGAGCCGCGCGCGCUCCACCUGAGCGCAGGCCCGGGGCGCGUCCCUCGCGGCCGCCGCCCGCCCGUCUGCGAGCCCGGGAGCCCCGGACCCCCGCCGCCUGGCUGCUUCCCGCUGGGACUCGGGAGGACAAGGCUGCCCCGCGGCUGGAAUUUUACAGCACCAGAAAGUGUUCCCAUGGCCCCCGCCUCCCUAAGGCUGUGUGGUCCGCGGCUUUCAGGCGAACAAGGUUGGAAAAUUAUUCGUCGUUCGGACGUGGCGGCGCUCAGCACUGUUGUUGACGCCCCCAGAUACCAGCGCACUGCAAGGAAGACGGCUCCGUGGCUCGCAGACACGAGGCACCGCGCUGGGCACUGGGCGAUACUGUUUCCUGGCGUGGUUUUGGCUCUACGUCAGACAAACUCAGUUUUAAAAUCAGACUUCACCACCUACUGCCUGAACUUGGGCUGAACUCACCAAUCUCACUUGUUCAUACCACCCAUACCCAAUGAGGCCCUCAGCUUAGUGCUAGACACCAUCUGACUACAGGAGAGGCAGCUGCCUGUCAUCUCAGCAAUUCUGAAGAAAAGCCAGGGAAUUUGUUUGAAAGUGUUUGUCCAGAUGAAACCACAUGUGGCCUCCAGGGUGCUCUGGGCUUGAAGCCUAAGCCUGCUGGCGUUGGGAGAGCCGCGGAGCUCAUCCAGAAGAAAAUCUGAUGUCUCCUCAAAGCCAGGAGAGAUAAAAGAAACCUGCAUUGGUCCAAAACAGCACAGUUCAUGUGUGGGAAUUGCGCAAGAUUGGGGUUUGUCCUCUUUGUUGGCCUCAGAAAGGCCAGGGGAUGGAAAGGAAAGUAGACAGCUGCUGAGUCCCUCUGUUUUGUUGUUCUCCUUGCUUAUGAGAAACUGAACUGCUUUGCCUUGAUUAACCCUCUUGGUGGAUAGGGGGCCUUGAGCAUAUAAUAGCAAACUCUGGCUAUUGUGUCCAUGUAGGUGAUAAAGCCACACUGGGGCCCAAUCCUGUGAAAGGUAAGACUUGAUGGGCUUUCUGUGCCUUACAAAGGUCUGAUUCUUCUUAAUAGUGAUUGAAUUUCAUGACCUAUUGUAGAUGAUAGGCAAGAUUCUCAGGCAGGCUGGAAAGCUAUUGAUCCUUGUUAUCCCAUGGCAGAAUAUUUGGUAAAGUCGUCACUUGAACUGUCAUAGAGGAGAAACCACUUGCUUAUCUAUCCCCUUGAGGGGAACUGUUUGGAAGAACUCAGACUGUUGUGGUAGGUUGACUGCUCCUUGUUGCUUUUUAUCAAGACAUGAUGAGAGAAAAGAAGUCAGGCAAGGACCAUUGCACGGAGAGAUGGAAGUGAAGACACUUGUGUUAAGGAGGGGUUCUUGGAACACAGCUUGCCAUCUAAUGUCCAAAUGUGUAGCCCUCUGCUGUUGGAAAACACAAUCAAGAAAGAGAGGAACACAAAACAAAGAGAGCAGGAGACCCAGCACAGACUCUACCACUGGGAAGGUGAAAACAGAUCUGAGAUGGUUACAGAGAAUCCAGAUUGGAAAACUCAGCCAGUACCCAUAGCCUCUCUUCCAUCCAGAAUGUAACAUAGGCAUUGUGAAGGUCAGUAGAAACAUUGCUUCCCUGAUGAAAUCUACAAUGUUGUUGGCAUCUGGCUGAUUAAAAAAAUGACAAGACAAUAAAAAAAAUCUAUUCCUUACUUGAAUGCUGACACCAAUCUCUGACGUGUCUCUCGGCAAGAGUCUUCUGAUCCCCACUGACGUAACAGAAGAAAACUGGAUAUCUGUCAAGCCAGAGAACUUCUGUAGAUACAUAUAUGAUUGUGUCUAUAUUUUAGGUACAUAUAUGCAUGGAAUAUUCUUUGGAAACUUACACAAGAAGUCGGUCACAGUGGUUCCUUCUAGAGAGGGGGAUGCAGAGGCCAUAGGAAACAGCAUGAGGGAGACUUACUUUUCUCUUCUCCCAUUUGGAUAAGUCAUUGGACCAUGUGUGUACAUCUCCUUUUCACACAUGCACACUGCAAAGUAAAACAAUAGUCUCUAAUAAAAUUUUGAGUGCAUGUA